CACGCACCCGCCCCGUGACGUCACGGCCCGCGAGGCUGAGAGUAAGCGGAGCUCUCUGUCUCUCUCUCUCUCCCUCUCUCUCUCCCUCUCUCUGUUUUCUCUGCACUCAGUGAGCAGCUCAGGCAGGUAGAGGACAUGUCUGUAGCAGGACUGAAGAAACAGUUCCACAAAGCGACUCAGAAAGUGAGUGAGAAGGUCGGGGGAGCAGAAGGCACCAAGCUCGACGAUGACUUCAAGGAAAUGGAGAAGAAAGUGGACAUUACAAGCAGAGCAGUGCUGGACAUCAUGACCAAAACUACGGAAUAUCUACAGCCAAACCCAGCCUCCAGAGCGAAGUUAAGUAUGAUAAACACCAUGUCUAAGAUCCGCGGGCAGGAGAAAGGGCCGGGCUACCCACAGGCUGAGAGCGUGCUCGGAGACGCCAUGCAGAAAUUCGGCCGAGAACUCGGAGAGGAAUCCAGCUUCGGUCUGGCUCUGAUAGAUGCAGGUGAGGCGAUGCGUGAGCUCGGAGAGGUGAAGGACGCUCUGGACAUGGAGGUCAAACAGAACUUUAUUGACCCGCUGCAGAAUCUGCAUGACAAGGAUGUGAAAGAGAUACAGCACCACCUGAAGAAGAUGGAGGGCCGUCGUCUGGAUUUUGACUAUAAGAAGAAGCGUCAGGGCAAAGUGACAGAAGAGGAGAUUAAACAGGCGCUGGAGAAGUUCGACGAGUCAAAGGAGAUCGCGGAGCAGAGCAUGUUCAACCUGCUGGAGAGCGAUGUAUGACACACACACACACACACACACACAUACACAUACACAAACACACACACACACGGACACAGACAUACACACACACACACACACAAACACACACACACGGACACAGACAUACACACACACACACGGACACACAUACAUUUAAGACUGUUUUUGCUGUGGUUGGUCUUUUGGUUACUCUUUUCCUCUUUUGUUGUACACGCAUGGACUCUGUGUGUGUCCGUGUGUGUGUAUGUGUGU